AUGGCACAGGAUGGCCCGCCGUCACAAUAUCUCGAGCCACCUGUGAUCACUGCCAUCAAGAGCGAUGCCGGUUUUGGAGGCGAGGUAGCUCGCCACCCUAUGGAGAGGUCCUUCAGUCAGGAUAUUCAGGAAGGGACUCAAGAAUUGAAAGAGGCGGCUGAACAGACACGGAACAUCAUUCUCGAUCUCAGCCUCGAUGGCCAUGUACGAUGGGUCAGUCCGUCGUGGACCGACAUGGUCGGCACGGAACUCGACGCUGUCCGGGGACACAAGAUCUCGGAGUUCAUCAGUGACAACCCUGAUGUGUUUGACUCGGCUAUAGAGGCUCUGAAGUCGAAUGACUCUAAGAGCCAAAUUGUCAAGUUUUCUGUGAAAAUUGGUACCUCUUCAGAUAUGGCUCCUAUGUUACCGACGGAGGAUAGGGAAAAACCAAAUGAAGACAACGUCGAAACCGACGAGGCAAGGAAUGCUGCCCUCGAACUCGAAGGUCAAGGCAUCAUGGUCUACGACCGGUCUUCUGGUGGAGAGUCACACACAAUGUGGAUGUUACAGCCCGCUACCGCUCCCGUAUGCAUCGAGAUUGCCCUCCCACAAGCUUUGGUCGAAACCCUCGGAGUCGGCGCGGAAAUUCUAGCAAAGUAUUUGACAGAGCUUGCAGAGGCCGGGGCCAAUGACCCUGAGAAUCACCCACCGCCCUUACCAAUUCUCUGCCGUGUUUGUGAGCGUUCCAUCGUGCCUUGGUGGUUUGAGAAGCACUCAGAUCUUUGCGUGCAAGAACACAAGGCCGAGUUGAACGUACAGAUGAUACAGGAAAACCUUUCGGAGCAUCGCCACGCAAUUGUCAAGGUUCUUGAUGCCUUUGAGGCUCGUCAAGGCCGAGGGUCUGGCGGUGACAACUCUCCAGCUCUGACACCCACCCCUGAAUACAAGGGACAGCCCAUCGGUCCGUCUCCAGCGACGUCCUCUGGCGUAUCCUCGGCUUCAGCAUCUCAUGCCGCCAGCCCUGUGAGGUCGAGGAGUCCGUCGACUGCAGGACUGGGCCACGCUCGUGGUCGAUCAUUUGUCGUGCGACGGCCCCUGGUUCGAAUUGUCGAGCUGAUUCUCGAUCUUUGUGAUACAGCUCUCGAAAUCAACGUCCCUUCGAUCAAGGACAGUAAGAACAACGCCGAAGAUGAAUUCAAAUCGCAGUCGCCGCAAUCAGAGUCGAGGAUCUCGCAGAUCAUGCAAUGGCAGGCCCCCAGCAGCCUCGAUAACGAGCCAGGGUUGGCAGCUUUGAGCGCAGAUACAGAAAAGCUGGCUCGUGCCAAGGUGGAUGCCGUGCAUCGACAUCAAGUCAUCCUGGAAUAUUCGGAACGAAUCCGACAAGAAUAUAUGGCGGAGGUUGAUGCCUGUAUCAAUGAAGCGUUGAUCAAGGCUGAACGGGCGGCGGCUGGGGAAUCAUUAUCGUCCAGCGAAAGCGAGCCUGAAGAACAGAAUACACUAGAAGGUAUUGUCGAGAGCCCCGGAGAAGAUGAGGAACCUCCGUCGCAACCCAAAGAGCCGGAACCGACACGGGCGACGCCAUACGUCGGGCCAAGGUCGAUGGCCUCGGCUCUCAGGAAUCCUCGGGAUAUCCCGCAUAUUACCAUGGGAGAACAGAGACGGUCUUCAUCACAGGCCGUUUCGACCGGUUCGAGCAGCCCUAUUGAGUGUCCUACUCCCAGAUCGCAUAAGAGCAAUCUCAUCACCCAGCCACAGCCCAUCUCGAAUAGACGUUCGAUAUACGUGGAAGAUGCAAAUGACAGCGACAGUAGUCUGCCGUCCUCUUCGAUGUUGUCAAAUAAUUGGCGGGCCGACUCUCCUGCUUCUGUGUCAGACCAUGGACGAACUACCUCUUCGCGCGAUAGGAAAAGAAGGAGCAUGCACCUUCAUGGUCUCAACUCGGCUUCUCCCCACCGUCAGCAAUCUCCUGUGAGAUAUCCUCCGCCGCCAUCUUCUCCCCUGCGCAUGACGAAGUCGAGAAUUCCCAGUGGAGACAUUGCCCCGUCUCCAGUGGUGUCUCCUCUAUUGACGGCUGGUGAAUUCAUGCCUUCCAGCAAUGGACCGAAUCUGCAUCGGAGGCAAUCUUCGAUGCACUCAUCCGAUCUCAAGGCUCCUUCUUCUCCCAGGCUCAAUUCCGUCACCCAGCCUCAGCAGCGAGUUCAGCCACCGUCCAUCAAAGAUUUCGAGGUUAUCAAGCCCAUCAGUAAAGGUGCGUUUGGCAGCGUAUACCUGGCCAAGAAGAAAACCACCGGCGAAUAUUUCGCCAUCAAAGUUCUCCGGAAAUCCGACAUGGUGGCUAAAAAUCAAGUCACCAACGUCAAAGCUGAACGUGCAAUCAUGAUGUGGCAAGGAGAGAGUGAUUUUGUCGCCAAGUUGUAUUGGACUUUCUCCAGCAAAGACUACCUGUAUCUGGUGAUGGAGUACCUGAACGGAGGUGACUGUGCCUCCCUAGUAAAAAUCUUGGGCGGGCUGAGUGAAGACUGGGCGAAGAAAUACAUCGCCGAAGUCGUCCUUGGAGUGGAGCAUCUACACAGUCGAGGGAUUGUUCACCGUGACCUGAAGCCGGACAAUCUUCUUAUCGACUCCAAAGGACAUCUCAAACUGACCGACUUUGGUCUUUCUCGGAUGGGUCUCAUUGGUCGACAGAAACGCGCGUUGAAACAGCCCGAUGAACCAGCACCAGAUCUUUUGAAGCAAGGACCGUUCACUCAGUCGGGUUCGGGGUCGAACCCGACAUCGAGGUCGACAUCAUUCGACUACCAAGGCCCGCAUUCGCCUGCGCCCACUCCUCUUAUGACGCCGGCCCUGGCAGGCGGUCUUGAUCAACCCUCUUACUUCAGCUUGAAUCGGGAUAGUUCUCUGAGCCGAGAAAUGUCUUGGAAGAGCUCUGGAUAUCGCAGCGACAGUGGCAACGGUUCUAGUUUUGACCUCCACCAUCUCUUCAAGAAACUGGGCGUCCAAGAAGGCAGUGAUGCGCCACCGCAAAUCAUACCUCGAGGCAAUCCCAUCGAGGAAGAGUCCAAUAGUCAAGGGAGCGCUUCUCCCGAUCUUUUCCCCUUAUCCCAGUCGAUGAGCAAUAUUUCACAGGCCACUGCUCCUCCUCCGCCUCCGGCCUCGUCCCAGAUCCCUCCUCCGCUGUUCGAUCCUGAAGAAAGUGAUCGUCGCUUUGUGGGCACCCCCGACUAUUUGGCGCCCGAGACCAUCAACGGCACGGUUCAAGAUGAGAUGUGCGACUGGUGGUCGUUGGGCUGUAUCAUGUUUGAGUUUCUUUACGGAAUUCCGCCCUUUAAUGCGGAGACGCCGGAGAAGGUGUUUGAUAACAUUCUGAAUCGGAGGAUCGCCUGGCCGGAUGACGAUGAAAUCGAGGUCAGUCCGGAGGCCAAGGACCUGAUUAAUAAACUCAUUCAGACGAAUCCUCGAGAGCGAUUGGGUGCCAACGUGGAUGAAAAGUAUCCCAGCGGGGGUCACGAAAUUCAAGCACAUCCGUGGUUUGCGGACAUCAACUGGGACACGCUCCUGGAAGAUGAGGCGCAAUUCAUCCCCAAUCCCGAACAUCCAGAAGACACCGAAUACUUUGACUCGCGGGGGGCCACCUUGUCGUCAUUCCCAGAGGAGCUGGAGGACCAGAUAUCGCCAUCCGGGACCACUCCCAACGGCGCCGACUAUGCCAGUCGUCCACACGAUGCCCUGUUCCGAGUCAGAACCCAAACAAACUCAGCCAAACGGGGUCUCAUGCCUCUCCACAUUCCUCCCCAUGUUGCUCGUGAUUCCAGAAAUCGAAGGCUCAGUGAGCCGGUCAUCGCCGAUGAUUUUGGCAAUUUCACGUUCAAGAACCUGCCCGUGCUCGAGAAAGCAAACAAGGAUAUCGUGGAGAAGAUGAGGAAGGAAGCUAUGCAGGCUCAAGCCCGCGGAUAUGCACAUUCUCAGGCCAUAUCGGCGGCCAAUAGCCCUGCGGUAGGCUCCCCGGGACCCUCUCUGGAAGGGAGCCCGAUGAUGCCCAUGCCCGUGAAGCGAGCUCUCUCUAUCAGCAAGGGUCAUAGACCCGGCUCUCCUUCAAGCCUGGGGACGUCCAGUUCUUCUCCUAGCAGACCUUCUCAGCCAUCCUCCCCCCUGUUGGUUCAGUUCUCGACCGCCCAGCAUCAUGAGAGAAGGAAGACUUCGGGGUCUUCUCAGGGAAGCAGCUCCUUGGUGCCCGGCAGCUUCUUCGACAUCCCUCACGAUGCUGUCAAACACGGAACGCCCGCCGCGUCGUCUCCGAUCAAACCGGUGCGCAUGCCCACCGUCUCACCGGCCAAACCGAUGCAUCCACCACAACGGCAGCCCAGCGUCCAUGGACGCACUCGAUCCCAGACGGUUGGCUCUCAAGAAAGUGACACCCAAGGCCCUCGUGAGGCAUUCAUCCCCGGACAUCACAAGCGCAAGAGCCAACUACUGGUCCGCGAUGUCUCACCCUCGUCAUCGGAUAAUGAAUCGGCCCAAGCCAAAGCCUUGCUCAAAGUUCAGCGUCGGAGGCAGAGCUCAAGGCGACUGUCGCAGAUCAAUUUCCUGGAUGGUCCCGUGUACCGUCCGUUGGACGUGUUAAUUUGCGAAGAUCACCCCGUGUCUCGGAUGGUCAUGGAGAGACUGUUUGAGAAACUUCGAUGUCGAACCAUUACAGCCAACAAUGGUCCUGAAGCGCUAAGAUUGGCAGUGAGCCAGAUCCAAUUUGACAUCGUAUUCAUGGAAUUUAAACUCCCCCUUAUCAGUGGGGUCGAUGUCGCGCGCAUGAUUCGGGACACCAAGAGUGCAAACACGAGCACGCCGAUUGUCUGUAUCACGGGCUACCUGAAAGACCUCCCCGACGUCCACCACUUCGACACCCUCAUGCAGAAGCCGCCGACGACCCAGAAGUUGACCGAAAUGCUGUGCAAGUAUUGUGCGUGGAAACCGGCUCCGAAAGAGUUCAAACUGGCUCCACCAUUGACGAUUCCCCCGAUUAGCACACGUUUCGAUCCAACGCACACACAAGACAGUCCGAGCUCCGUGGCCUCGAGUUUGGCGCCCACCAUGCCCGAUUCGUCCUACAAGGGAUCUAGUCGUGAAGAUUCGAUUAGCAGCGGGGGAUUCUUCAGUGACCUCGAGUCUUUCAAAAAUGAAGACAUUUCGGUGAUUGUGUCCCGGGCGGCUACCGACGAAUGGGCCAAAGCAGGGUUGGGCAUAUCAGAUGAUAUCAUCAGUCAGCGACCGUACGUCCACAGCGGGUUUCCUCAUCUCAUCCAUACUGAGUCCGCUCCUCCGAGCGCUUGCAUCGAGGAGCCCAGUGGGAUAGGCCUGCGUACUCCGAGACGUCAAAGGUCGUCUGAAGCGGUCAAGUUGAAGCGCGAGAUGCUGGAGAAGAGCAUGAUCAACCCAAGCGGCGCCGCGGAAGAGGGGGACGAUGAAGACGAAGAACUUGGCGACGCCCAAGUUCGUGCUCGAUCUCCCAUAGGCAAAGGAACCAGACCGACGUCCAAGCUUGGAAUUGAGAUGAUGCGUACGAAUAGUCGAGGUAGCGUCAUUUCCAUGCACGAGGAAAAAGCAGCCGAGUCCGACAGUCUCAGGAAGUCCUUGGAAAUUCUGGAAGAGCGAAUGGAAAGCUUGAAGAUUCCAGAGGAGCCUUCGACAGCGAGUCUGCCGGCGAUUCAACCACGAAAAAAGUUGGAGAGAACCAAUUCACAGCACUCAGACCCGGAGCAAGAAAGUGAUCGUCGCUCCAGCGGUGGACAAAUUACCCCGCCGGUCAUUUUUCCGCUAAAGCCGGGAACUAACGUCGCCGACAUCGAAAUGGAUGCAGACAUUACCCCAGUACCGACCAAGACCAUCGACCUGGAACAAGAACCUACUCCUAAACCUCAAGGGAGCCCAUCAGGACCCACCCAACAGUCAGUCUCGAGGCUGACUUGA